AUGUCGCCUCGGAAGUACCAGAUAUACGACUUCACCAACUACGCUGCGAGAUGGCUACCAUCGCCAGGGCGUGUGCACGAGCGUCAGUACCUCUCGAGCCACGGAGAGACGUCUAGUUUUGGAGAAAGGUGCGCCCUUCUGGGCAUGCAUGAUGUGAGUGCGCAUCUCAACUCUAUAGCAUUGAUCGAACGAUAUACCUAUAUGAUCGUGGAUGCCCUCGAUGAAGGAAGUCCCACAAGGAAAGACAUCGUUUCCAAAAUAUUGAGUUGGACUGCAUGGUCAAUGAGGCCUCUGGACUCUUCAGAAAUGUUUGCUGCACUCGCAACUCGGGUAGAAGUUGGUGGUUUCGCAAAGUGUCGUUCAGAAUCACAUGAAUAUCUAGGACCCUCAAACGAAGAAGAGCUCAUCGCAUUUUGCCCCGAAAUACUCGAGGUUAGACAAGGAGGUCAGGUUACUUUCCGAAACGAGCACCUGAGACUCUUGAUCCGGUCAUCCUGGUCUAGAGGUCUCGGAUUUGCAUCGCCCGAGGCCGUCCAUGAGAGUAUGGCGGCGGUCUGCUUCCAUCAUCUUUGCUGCAUUCACGAGGAGACUAUCCUCCGCCCUUGGAUCGACACUGGACGUUUCCUGAGGUGUGAGUUAAGGCAGUGUCAUCUUCGGUUAUACUCCACCAGUUACUGGCAGGACCACUACCGAGCGGCAGAGGCAAGUAGCAAAAAGCUUGUCUCGAUGCUCCAUAGCACACUUGAAAUGGCCUUGACUGCAAGAACAAUUUCAAAUGGUAACAGGGUCAUUGAUCCGAUAUCCAGAAUGAGCACUGGUAUUUCGAUUUGCUCUCUUUGGGAUUUGGAAAUUCUCGGCAGAACCUAUCUUGAGAUGGGAGCAGACGUGAACUAUUGUUAUGGAUCACAUGAAGCACCCCUCCUUGUUGCCGCUGCCAAUUCCUCUUUGAGGAUGCUUCGACUGCUGUUAGAUCGGGGUGCUUUCCCCGAGGUGCGUGAUGAGUUUGGGCUCACUGCACUACAGCAAGCCUGCCAAGCGGGUGCCUUGGACGUCGUAGCCCUCCUUCUUCAGAAAGGCGCCGAUCCAAAAUCUUCAUAUGAUGGCGAUACAGCCACUUCCACUAGAAGCAUUUCGCCCGCUUGGGCUCCUUUGCAUUUCGCGGCAAGCCAUGGCCACCUAGAUAUUGUUAAAGCACUUCUUCAAGCCGGCUCAGACUUAGAAGCUUCGACAGCGGAGCCCGGAGCCACAGCGCUACAUCUAGCGGUUAAAGGCGGCCACGAAGAUGUCGUGCGCUACUUGGUUGAGUUGGGAGCUGAAAUGGAAGCUGAGACCAGCAUGGUCGAAACUGCGCUAGAUAUUGGCAUACAGGAGCAGCACGAUUCAAUAAUAAGAUAUCUCAUGGACAAAGGCGAAGAGCGUGCAAGAAAUAUCGUACAGCACAAAACCUACCCUGACCAAAUCUUCAACAAUAAAUUUAUCACUCCGAUUACAUCUCAUUUUCAAUCAUUGUCAAUCAAAACGACCAGUACCUCGCCUGAUGGGCCAAAUCUGGUCCGUUCCACUUCAUUCAGGUCGCCCAUGACCCCAGUACCUAAGUCAUGCGCGCGAUAUGAUACCACUGUUACCACUGUUCCGCCGCAGAGUGUAGCUGGAUUAUAG